CCAAAGCAACGAUGCAAGGGUAGAUCAAGCACUUUGGCCUCAAUUUCUUGGUCCUUUGACCUCAACUUCUAUCGAUCUAGACAGGAUCAUUGUACCUCUGUCCAUAUCCACGGAGUGUAGUCACCAUCAUGUCUACGGCGAAUUUCCUCGAUCAGCACUUCUCCGACUCAGAGGAUGAGGGUGAUUUCAACCCGGCGCCCGCUGAUUUGUCUGAUGAGGAGGGCGCAGACAACGACAAUAGUUCGCCAGCGCCACCGAAGAAUCGAGGGAGCUCAGUGAGCAACAGGCAGCAAGAAGAUAGUGACGAAGAGACAUCGCCUGCGCGAAAGUCUAAAUCGCGCAGUCGAACUCCGGGGGAGCGCGGUGAUGACAAUAACGAUGAAGACAGUGGCGCUGGACAGGACGACGAAGAUGAGGAAGAAGACGAGGAUGAAGAAGAGGAAGAGGUCACAGGUCACCGAAGAAAACGCAGAAGGGAACGGCGCAACCAGUUCCUCGAUGUAGAGGCCGAAGUGGACGAAAGUGAAGACGAAAACGAUGACGACGAUGACGAGCUGAACGAACUCAAAGACAACUUCAUCGCUGAUACACACCCCGACGAUGCCUUUGACCUCCCAGCUGGUGGCGAUGCCGACGACAGGCGCCACCGUGAGCUCGAUAGGAGACGAGAGAUGGAAUCCAGUCUCGACGCGGAGAAACAGGCUGAGAUUCUGCGACAACGUUACGCCAAGACCAGGAGUGCGAAGCUCGGUGGGGAUUCAGCGGUCGUUCCAAAGCGAUUGCUGCUUCCCAGUGUCGACGAUCCAAGCAUCUGGGCUGUGAAGUGUAAAGAAGGCAAAGAGCGCGAAGUCGUAUUUUCGAUUACGAAGCGCCUAGAGGAGCGAUUCGGCACGAAAGAUGAGCUCUCUAUUAUAUCCGCUUUUGAGCGCGCAAACGCAGCGGCGCCCAUCAAAGGAUACAUUUACGUCGAAGCUCAGCGCCAGGCAGAGAUUGAAUCUGCUCUCGAUGGCCUCAUGAAUGUCUAUCCCCGGACGAAGAUGCUACUGGUGGAGAUCAAAGAGAUGCCGGAUUUGUUGAGAGUGUCAAAGACCGCCCCGCUGGAGCCGGGUGCAUAUGUACGCCUCAAGCGACCAGCAAAGUACGCCGGAGACCUUGCGCAGGUUGUCGAUGUCACAGAAAACGGCUUAGAAGUGAGGGUCAGAUUCGUGCCACGCCUUGACUACGGUCUACAUGAGGAUAUGAACACUCCUGGUCUCGAUGCGCAAGGCAAGCGAAAGCGUGCCAACGCUGGCCCAAGGCCGCCACCAAGGCUAUUCAGCGAUGUCGAAGCAAAGAAGCGACAUGCCAGAUACCUCACCGGCAACCCACAGACGAAAAUUUGGAACUAUAUGGGCGACGAAUAUAAUAAUGGAUACUGUGAGAAGGAUGUUAAAAUCCAGCAGAUCCAGGUUAAAGAUGUGAACCCAACGCUUGAAGAAGUCACAAGAUUCGCAUCUGGUGCAGAUGAUGGCACGGAGAAUCUUGACCUGAAUGCCCUGGCAGCAAGCUUGAAAGCUAGUACCGCAAACGCGUCCUACCUCCCUGGCGAUAUCAUCGAGGUUUACGAGGGCGAGCAGAAGGGUGUUUUUGGUAAGGCGAUAGCAAUUCAGGCCGAUAUCGUUACCAUGGCUGUAACGGAUGGAGUACUCAAGGGCCAAACAAUCGAGGUACCAACCAAGGGCCUCAGGAAGAGGUUUAGGCAGGGAGAUCACGUCAAGGUUAUUGGCGGAAGUCGCUUCCGGGAUGAAGUGGGCAUGGUCGUUAAGAUCGUCCAGGACCGAGUUACGCUCUUAACCGACCAAGGCAACAACGAAGUUACGGUUUUCAGCAAAGACUUGCGAGAGUCUAGCGAUUCCGGCGGUGCUGGUUCAUUGGGUCAAUUUGAACUUUGGGACCUUGUUCAGCUUGACCCAGCCACCGUCGCCUGUAUCAUCAAGGUUGACAGGGAGUCUCUGACUGUACUUGACCAAAACGAGCAGACCAGAACCGUUAUGCCGUCACAGAUUGCGAAUAAAUUGGAACGCCGAAAAUUUGCCGUUGCCACUGAUCGCAACGGAUCUGAAGUCCGCACCGAUGAUGUUGUCAAGGAGAUUGGCGAUGGUGGCAGGCAAGGAAAGAUCAUGCACAUCCACAGAUCGUUCCUCUUCCUCCACCACAGCGCGGAGCAGAACGAGAAUGCCGGAGUGUUCGUGGUGCGCACGACCAAUAUCGCAACUAUCUCUGCAACUGGGGGCAGGAUUAUUGCGUCGGCUGGUCCAGAUCUUUCGUCUAUGAACCCCGCUAUAAAACUAAACCCGCAGGGUGGAAAUAUGGACAUGCCUCCGCCCAAAUUUGUUGGCAGAGACAGAUCAAUUGGCCAAACUGUCACUAUCAAGAAGGGUCCAUACAAAGGACUUCUGGGUAUUGUCAAGGAGACCACAGACACGACUGCACGUGUCGAACUCCAUACCAAGAGCAAGACAGUCAAUGUACCAAAGGAUGCCCUUGCGUUCAAGGAUCCAAGGACCGGUAAUACGAUCGACCCAAAUUCACGAGGUGGGUACCGCGGCGGCGGCGGUGGAUCAAGAGGAGGGCGUGGAGGCUUUGGCGGUGCUACUCCUUCUGGGAACGGCUGGGAUGGUGGUCGUACACCCGGUGGGGCGGGCGGCAGCGACCGCACCCCUGCAUGGGGACGAGCCGCAGCAUCGAAUGGUGGUGGUCGAACUCCAGCAUGGAAGGCAGCUGCAGACGCUGGUGGACGGACCCCAGCAUGGCAAGACGGCUCGCGCACUGUCGCAUAUGGAGCUGGAAACCGCACUCCCGCAUGGCAAGCUGGCGGGAAGACACCCGCCUACGGAGGUUUCGGCUCAGGCUCAGACGGUUUCGCAGCCGGUUCCAAGACGCCCGCCUAUGGUAGUGGUGGCAGCGAUGCCUGGGGCUCUGGUUCCAAAACGCCAGCGUACUCCUCGAACGAGCCCAGCAAUACAAGCUCUUGGGGCGCAAACUCGUAUGAUGCUCCGACUCCGGGCGCGCAAGUCACGGCCCCGACGCCUGGUGGCUUAAAUGCGCCGACUCCGGGCGCGUAUAGUGCGCCUACGCCGGGUGCGAGUGGCGCUGCCAGUGCGCCGACACCUGCAGGGUGGGGAGGCGGAGGAUGGGGCGGAGCGCCGGAGAAUGCACCAACUCCUGGAGCAUUGGCCGCGCCGACGCCGGGUGGAUGGGGAGCGCCAACGCCUGGUGAAUGGGGGGCGGAUGGUGGUAAUGAGGAUGGGCCGAGGUAUACUGACGAGUGAGGCGUCCGGUGCAGUGCUAUGAUAUGGGAGGGUAAGGCCGAGCUGUCAGGCUGUCGGGGAUUUAAAUCUAAAGAGGUUCUAGGCGGAUCUUGAGAAUGGGGACUUGGUUUGUACAUGUAUUAUAGAGAUCGGGAGUUAUACAAAAUGCAGUCGGGCAUCAUUGCUGGCG